CUGCGACACUAACGUUACUGUAGUUCAGUCCAGACAUGUGGACAAAUUCUAUGAUGCUAUUGCGGUUAAGCAAGACAAGUCUAUUGUAGACUGUCGUGAGUAGGGUUUAAACCGAGCAUUAACCGGGCAUUUUAUGUGUUUCUCGGUCACAAUGUUUUCCACUGUUCUUCUGAGUCAGAUCAUCCUCACACUCUUCUGCCAGGCAUUUUGUUUUGAGCCUACAGAGGAGGACUUGAAGUGUUUUAAUGACUAUGAGACAGAAAUGAAAUGCAGUCUCUCCACUGACCGUCUCAAAAGCUGCUCUGGAUACAAGCUCAACAUCACACAUACUGUAUUCAAUAUGUUUCAAAAAAUGUAUGCAUGUAUGUUUGAGAGAAGUAAUCACAGUGACAACUGUGAGUGCAAAAUUAAAGUGCAAGGGUUUGUUGUAACAGAGAUCUUCACUACUACACUUCUGGAAGGAACAAAUACCAUACCGAACCGUGACAUCAAAACUGAGAUAUCCAAGACGGUGCCGAACACUGUGGUAUCCUUUGAAAUUAUGGGCAAAAAUCUCCAGCCAAAUACCAACUACAUUCUGACAGCAACAAUAAGCACAGACUAUAAUGAUCAUAGUAUAUCUAGUGACCAGAGCGCACCAGUUGAGUUCACCACAUCUUUAUCCCCAGAUGAAAUAGCCAAAAUGGUGAUUCCACCUCUCUGUGUUGGUUUAAUCAUCAUCAUUUGUGUUAUCUUCAUCUGCAUUUUGAGAAUGAAGAUGAAUUGGUGGGACAAAAUCUCCAAGCCAAAAAUAGAUGCCAAUCUUGGAGAGGAGAAGGGUCAUAUUUUGCCUCCAUCUGUUAUGAAGUUCUCCCCAAUCCAUGUAGAGAUUCCAACACUCGACCUUCAUGAGGAUAAGAAAUGGACGUGCAGGAUGUUUUCCACAUUUCUUAAGUGUCAGAUCAUCCUCGCACUCAUCUGCCAUGCAUUUUGUUACGUAUCCUUUGAAAUUACGGGCAAAAAUCUCCAACCAAAUACCAACUACAUUCUGACAGCAACAAUGAGCACAGACUAUAAUGAUCAUAGUAUAUCUAGUGACCAGAGCGCACCAGUUGAGUUCACCACCUCCUCAUCCCCAGAUGAAAUAGCCAAAAUGGUGAUUCCACCUCUCUGUUUUGGUUUAAUCAUCAUCAUUUGUGUUAUCUUCAUCUGCAUUUUGAGAAUGAAGAUGAAUUGGUGGGACAAAAUCUCCAAGCCAAAAAUAGAUGCCAAUCAUGGAGAGGAGAAGGGUCAUAUUUUGCCUCCAUCUGUUAUAAAGUUCUUCCCAAUCCAUGUAGAGAUUCCAACACUCGACCUUCAUGAGGAUAAGAAAUUGAUCUCAGCAUUAUCAGUAGAUACAAACGAUGAGAAAUGUUCCCACAGUGUUGAGUCAGCGCCAGUGGAUUAUGGCCAGGCUUGCUCUGGUAGCCCUGAAGAGAACAUCAGCACCAGUAACAUCGUAUCACGUGUCGAGCAUGCCUUGGAUAAGAUUUUUCAAUUACAUCCAAUCACAAACAACCCAUCACCGUUAUCCCCCUACAAUCAGGUUACUACGAGCAGGUCAUACAAGAGUGUUACUGGUAUCAGUUCCUCAAGAGAAUGCAACUGUGCAAACCGAGAUUCAGGAAAUCAGACUUUUCAAGGCUUAACAAAGAGCACAGAAGGACAGUGGAGCACGUGCGUCAGUACUGAACAAGCACUUAAUGCAUGUGGAGCUUUGAAAUUCCCCCAGAGCACCGGCCAAGAUCCCACAUCUGUGCAGCAAAUUUCUUGGGCCACUUCUUUGCAUUUCCCACCCGUUAUUCAAAUAGACAGUUCAUAUCAGUGUGUUUAACUGUGCUCUAAAAGCAAAUGCUAAAUACUUUUUUUUUUGGUAAUCUACAGUUGUUCCAUUUCGAGUGAAAUGCGUUGAACAAUUCAGACCAGCAAGAGCAGUAAGAGCUAUCUUUUAAAUACUAAUUCUUUCUUUAGACUCCAAAACCUUAAAUUUGAAAGUUACACUUUGGACAGUAAGAGGUUGUAUGGCAUCUCAUGCUUAAAGAGGUCAUGUGUUACUAUUUUGACAUGAUUCUGUAUACUUUUAUUGUUUGGUGCACAUUGAGAGUUACAUAUGAUGGUGUAAAAUUUAAAUUUAAUUUUAAAUUUAAAUUAUUUUUAUUGCUGUCUUGUUUU